UUUCAGCCAGUGCCCAGGCUAUCAGCAGAGAAGAGAAGGGCAGCAUGGCUCCAGGAGAGAAGAAAACGGAGGAAGGGCCAGCCAAGAGGACCCUCCGGAAGGUACGCACAGCCUCCCUGGUAAUCAACUUGGCCCGAGGUUGGCAGCAGUGGGCAAAUGAGAACAGCAUCAAGCAGGCCCAGGAGCCUGCAGGAUGGAUGCCUGGAGGGACCCAGGACUCAACCCAAGUCCCUAAACGGGUGAUACAUCCCACUCCUCUCCAGAAAGGUCACAGUGUCCUAAAGUCUCCAUCCCAACAGCCAGAGGGACAUGGAGAUGAACAAAGCUCAGAGGGAGCCUCUAAAGUCUCCACUAUCAAACAGAAAGAGGUGACCAAAACGGUUGUCAGCAAGGCUUAUGAGAGAAGAGGGGACAUGAGCCACCUCAGCCACAGGUACGAGAAGGACGGUGACUUGCUUGAAUCUGGGCAGCCAGAAGACGACAUCGACAGAAUCCUCUACAGCCAUGUCUCCCCAGUGCGGAGGAGGAAGUGUGGCAACCUGGUGUCUGAACUAACCAAAGGCUGGAAAGAGAUGGAACAGGAUGAACCCAGGUGGAGGAGUGACAGCAUAGACACAGAGGACAGUGGCUACGGAGGGGAGACGGAGGAGCGGCCUGAGGAGGAAAGAGAGCAGGUGGCUGCUAUCAGAAUCAAACGCCCCUUGCCCUCCCAGGCAAGCAGAUUUACAGAGAAACUCAACUGCAAGGCCCAACAGAAAUACAGCCAAGUGGGCAACUUGAAAGGGAGAUGGCAGCAGUGGGCUGAUGAACACGUACAAUCCCAAAAGCUCAAUCCUUUCAGUGAAGAAUUUGAUUAUCAGCUGGCCAUGUCCACCCGCCUACACAAAGGAGAUGAGGGCUAUGGCCGACCCAAGGAGGGAACCAAAACUGCCAAAAGGGCCAAGCGAGCUGAGGAGCACAUCUACAGAGAAAUUAUGGACAUGUGCUUCCUUAUCCGCACAAUGGCUCACCAUAGACCAGAUGGCAAGAUCCAGGUUACUUUUGGAGACCUCUUUGACAGAUACACUCAUAUUUCAGAUAAAGUAGUGGGCAUUCUCAUGCGGGCCAGGAAACAUGGACUGGUAGACUUUGAAAGAGAAAUGUUAUGGCAAGGCCGAGAUGACCGUGUUGUGAUUACUCUACUGGAGUGAACCUUCAAUAACAAAAGCCAAAUUUGACCCAUUAUUAUCUUAAUGCUAAAUGCUAAUGCAUUAACAAUUAAAAUGCAAACUCUGUGAUAAGUUAGUAAAUAUUAAACAAUUUUUACAUAAAAACUUUUUAGUGCUAUUUCUAUGGCGUUUGAAGACUUGAAAAGCACACAAUAAAGCAUUUCAGAAAGCACAAUGUCGUUAGUAUAUAACAGUAUUGAUAUUCCACUAACUCUUUUAGGCAAAAAUACUUGGCUAUUCAUUGCAGAAAUUAUUACAGAUGUUUAAUUAAACAAAUAUUACAGCUAAGAAGAAUACUGACUUUAGGUAAAGGCCAACAGAACAUAUUAUGAUAGCAACAUUAUUUUUAGGUAGGAAAAGAAAUAGAAACAGUUUCAUUAAGUUUGGUAAAACUAAACUUAAAAUAUUCUAAGAAGUUUGACUUUGUACUAUUGUAUUUAUCAUAGUUAUCACUUACAAAAUGCAUAUAGAAAAAGUUAAGUUUUAAAAUAAGAUGUUGAAAUUGUUGAAGUUCCUCCAUGGGCUUGGUGUUUAAUAGGUUUCCCCAUAGGGGUUAGCCUUCCUCCUUCUGUGUGAUUUGAGCAGAUCACAUAAAAACAGACACCACUGGUGCUCUGAGAGCCAGCAGAGAAGGUGGUUGUGUUCACUUUCACUCUGAGAGUAGAGCAGAGGCAGGAGAUUCCAAUUAACCUGCCUUUGUAGGACUUCCCAGAGAAAUGCAUCUUUUUUUUAAAACCUUAGUAAAUCAUGCUGCUUACAUUUAUGUCAAUGCACAAUGAAAGAGAAAUACAGAAAAUUCUAUGAUGAAACAGAAUGUUCUAUGUAGAGGAAUCUCAUAGAAUCUUGGUAAACUGGCAAAUUAGAAAUAGGUUUGAAACAUUUUAAUUUCAUGCUGUAACAAAGAAAACUUCACGAAAUGUCUGAAAGUCAUAAAACAGCAAUAUUAAUCCGGCCAAAGUAAAAAAAUAGUUGUGCAAUGCAGUGGCAGAGAAAAAAUUGGUACCAAUCUGUUAGCUGUCAAGCUUUUUGUUUAAUGAAUAAAUUUAAUGUACUUUAAAUAAUUCUAACUCAUAAGGUUGCUAUGAGUCAGAAUUGAGUGAACUGCAAAGGGUUUGUUUUUUUAUAUGUAUAAUUAUAAAAACUGAAACAUGUAAGCUUAUAAUUCUUACUGAAUUCAACAAAAGUUACUAAAAUGCAUUGAUAUUACAGCACUUUGGUGUUAACUAAAUUAAUUAAUAUCAAAUUGUGACACCUUAAAAUAACAGGCAUUCACAAUUGUUAAGUGUUAAGUUUAAAACACAAUUUAAACUACUAUAGAAAUUAUUUGUUUUCAUGUAUAACUCUUUCAAACUGACAGUUCAUGUAUCUUCUUAAAAGAACGUACAUUUUUGUUUCCACAGUAGAUUUACAAAAUUACAAACUAAUGACCAAUAUUUCUAAAGUAGAAUUUCAUAUAAGAUGUACACUUCUAUCACAACAGUGAAACCUAUGUCAAAAUUUAAAGGCAAAUGGCACAAGAAUAAAAAAUUUUCUUGCACUUUGUUUUUGUUUAUAUACUGCUGUUUUUAGGUUACAUUCCACAAUGCCACUUUCUUGUGUUUGAAAUACAACAAAACUAUAGAGUGCAACUUGGGUUUCUCCUAGUAUCAGUAAGAGCUCCCUUUAUAUAUAUUCAAGUCUGUAACAGUUUGUACAGGCACUGGCAUAGAUUACUCGAAGUUCAAUUUGUUUGAAUUUGAGGAUGGAGUCAAAAGUCCUCUUUCAGCCUUUAUAUUAACUAACACUCCUCUGAGUAAGAUGUGGUUGUAAAGCCAGAAAGCUAGUUUUCCUAGAGGAAAACGCCUUCCACGUGACAGGUACAUCCUGGUAAGUACCUUGUUAGGUAAGUAUCAUCGAUAGGAGCUGGCUUGUUAUACUUACAGCUUGUAGAUUUUUUCUGCUUUAUUGUGCAUUAUUCCUACAGUAAAUAUUUCAUUUAAUUGUCAUGCUAUUAUUUCCAGGUUUGGCAAUCCAAAAAUAUUCCCUAAUCAACCAAAUGAUUAUUGCCUAAGAUGCACUGAAAAAUUGGAAAUGGAUAGUGGUGAUGGUUGUACAACAUGGUGAACAUAAUCUCACUGAAUUGUACAUGUAAAAAUGGUUGAACUGGCAAAUGUUUCGUUACAUUUAUUUUACCAAAUAAAAAGCAAACAAACAACAAAAAAGUCCAUGAUAAGAAAAUCCAUAGUUCAGAAAUUUAGGACAUUUUGACAAAAACUAGGUAAGUGGAGCUCAGGUCACAAAUGGGCUAAUGAAAACCUUUAUUAUUUUUUAGUCAUCAAAAUAUUAUAGCACAUAAAAUAAAUAUAUUAUCAAUAGCAUUUUACCACUGGUAAUUCUAAAUUCCCAGUAAUGAGGGCUGUACAAUUGAUUUCCAAAUCUUCAGGAUUUUGUUUUUCCAAAUUUUCAAUCUGAUUUAAAAGGUUUUUUUUUUAAUCUGUUGAAAUGUAUUUUUUUCCUUUUUCUGGACCUCCAUUCAAAUGUUUGAUGCCUUCCAGUCUUUAUAAAAUUUUAUGUUUAUACACUUUUAUGAGCUUUUAUAAAGUUUUAUGACUUCCUGAUUCCCAAGUUCAUCUUUUUAUCCCUCUGCUCACUUAAGAAGGACGUUCUGAGAAUGAGGUUUAUUCUUUCCACACUGUACUGCAAAAUGAGGCUACACCUAUAGUUUGCCUUCUGCUUUUUCCUUUCUCUUCCCAAACUCUAGUUCCUUCUUUUUGUAACUACCACCAAUAGGUAUAAAAAGAAUACUGGUGCUGUUUCUCAUAUGACAUAGGAAUAAUUCUGUGUAAAUUAAAAUUGUGUGUCAAUGGGAACUCAUGCUCGGGAAAGGACUGCUGUACCACUCUGUCGAAAAGGAGGAGAAGACCAUUUAGACCAUGCUAAAGUUGUCCCUUAAUGCAGAUGUGAUUUUUCACGUUCCAUUUAAGAUACUGAGACUAUGUCUCACAUACUUGGGACAUGCUAUUGGGAGGGAUCAGUCCCUGGAAAAGGACAUCUCACUGCUUACUGAAUCUGCCUAUCGACUUCAGCAAAGCAAUCGUUUGGGUCCGAAUUUUCAAGCAACUGCAGCCCCUGAUUUAGUUUAGAAAACUUCAGCUACUUCUUUCACUGCAAAAUUACUAAUGAUAACCCAUUGCUGUUGAGUCGAUUCCAACUCAUAGCAACCCUAUAGUACAGAGCAGAAUUGUCCCAUAGGGUUUUCAAGG